GGCAGUUGCAUAAUUUUGAAAUUGACAUCAAGCUAUCCAGGAGCCAUGGAAAAAGGCUGCCGGGUGCUGCUGCGCCAAGUGAGGAAGUGCUCCACUUCAACAUCCGCGUUACAAACGCAACCACCUCCACCACAGACUGGGAGGAAUGGGGAGCUGGCAGGCAGCAGACCACGUGCCACGACGUUUAUGCAAAGAAUUCAACAGGGCCCGGGCUUGCAGGAUUUUUUUGCCGCCAAACCACUUUCAAGGCUUAAGCCAGAGGAGGGUGAACUCGUGGACUCCAGUGUUCCAUACUUGAAGCCCAUUGAUUACCAUGGUCAGGGAAGAAAAGUGCACUUCGAGGUCUAUGGGUGUCAAAUGAACACCAAUGAUACGGAAGUAGUGUGGAGUGUGUUGCGGGAGAACGGCUACGCAAGAUGCCAGGAUCCGGAGGACGCUGAUAUCAUUAUGCUAGUCACCUGUGCGGUGCGCGAUGGAGCUGAGCAGAGGAUCUGGAACCGGCUGAAGCACCUAAGAGCCAUGAAGAGCAAACGGAGUCCCCGGCGACACCCUCUUCAGCUUUCGUUGCUUGGCUGCAUGGCGGAACGGCUAAAGGAGAAGCUGCUGGAGAAGGAACAGUGCGUCGAUGUGAUAGCUGGACCAGACAGCUAUAAGGAUCUGCCGCGUCUCCUAGCCGUUUCCCGACACUAUGGUAACUCUGCCAUCAAUGUGCUGCUCUCGCUGGACGAAACUUACGCUGAUGUGAUGCCGGUGCGACUGAAUUCUGAAUCCCCCACUGCAUUUGUUUCCAUUAUGCGUGGCUGUGACAACAUGUGCACUUACUGCAUAGUACCAUUCACCCGCGGUCGCGAGCGAUCCAGGCCCCUGGAGUCAAUACUAACAGAGGUCCGGGCAUUGCAGGACCAAGGCGUGAAGGAGGUAACUCUUCUGGGACAGAACGUCAACUCCUACAGGGAUGGGGCCUCCAGCUUAGAGGAAGAUCUCAGUUCCAUGCGGGUGCCUGGUUUCAAAACUGUCUACAAACCGAAGUCUGGAGGCAUAACUUUCUCCCGUUUGCUACGGAGCGUGGCCGAAGCCGUCCCGGAAAUGCGCAUCCGCUUCACCUCUCCGCAUCCCAAAGAUUUCUCAGAUGACGUUCUCAGAGUUAUCAGGGACUAUCCAAAUGUGUGUAAACAGCUUCAUUUGCCGGCGCAAUCGGGUAACACUAAAGUUCUGGAGAGAAUGAGGCGAGGCUACAGUCGAGAAGCCUAUCUGGACUUGGUUGACCGCAUCAGAUCUUUCCUGCCCAAUGUCGGGUUAUCCAGCGACUUCAUAUGCGGCUUCUGCGGCGAGACGGAGGAAGAGUUCCAGGACACAGUUUCCCUAAUCCAGCAAGUCAAGUACAACGUAGCCUACCUGUUCGCUUAUAGCAUGCGGGAGAAAACCACUGCCCACAGAAGAUUCAAAGACGACGUGCCGUUGUCAGUAAAGAACGAAAGACUCAAACGCAUGGUGGAGGUGUUCCGAGCCGGAGCCACGGAACUACACAAAAAAAUGGAAGGCCAGGAGCAACUGAUCCUAAUAGAGGGAAAGAGCAAGCGGUCUGAUUCCCACUGGUUCGGACGCAACGAUGCCAACAUUAAGGUCAUUGUUCCCGCCGGCAAGGUCCUUGGAUCAGAUCAGCCUAUUAAGAUUGGCGACUUUUUAGUAACUCACAUUGAGGAAUCCAACUCGCAAGUGCUCAAAGGCAAACCACUGGCUAUUAGCAGUAUCUCUAACUACAGCUCUAAAUAGGCAAACACACAA